CUCCCAUCUCCCCCACCGCCACCGUCUACUCGCAGAUCGCCGUCGCCGCCGAUCGCACCAUCGCCGCGGGGCUCAAGCAUCAAGCAGGCCUGCGGCGGGUUCCAGAGCGCGGCCCACGCCUGCUGUACUGAGGGAGACCGUCGCCGGGGAGGCUGUCGCUGCCGCAACGCCGCCCUUCCUCGUCGCCCGCUUGAGUUCCGCCUGAACGCCCUUGCCUCCGGUUCACCCCACUGAGAUCGCUCCUUCACCAUUCUGCUGCUGCCAUUUUUAUUCUCCUAUUUUACUCGUAAAGUUGCUAUUUUUACUACCUUCUCUGGUACUACUCUACCAUUUAUUCUUCAGGGUCAUUACAGACUCAUACGCCGCCGCUCCCUCCGGCGCUCCCAAAACCCUCUCUUUUUUCUUAACCCUAAUCUCUCCUCUUCUCCUAUCGUGCCCUAAUCGUCUCUAUUAGCUCCCAAUCGAGGAGGAAGGAGGAGGAAGAGGAAGAGGAUGAGCUCUCCCAACAUCAGAGAUCUCCUCACUUCUUUUAGCCCCUCCUCGGAUUUCUUCGCCAUCACCUCUGGCGAUGGCCGAAUCAAGAUCUGGGAUACUUUGAAAGGUCAGUUACAGACCCAGUUGCCGGAUUUCGCGGCGUCCGGCGAUUCGGGAUUGCUCUCGGAGGCGAAAAGUGGCCAUCUUGCGUUGGAUUACACUUGCAUGAAGUGGGUGCAGUUGCAAAGCAAGAAGAAGAGAAAGGGUGGAGGUUCCUUGUUGGUGCUCGGGACAGGAGGCGGUGGUGUUUUGGCGCUCGACGUCUCGACGGGACAAUCGAGAUGGAAAAUUAAUGAUUGCCAUCCUGGGGGUGUAACAGCUGUUUCCUUUUCUAUAAACCGCUUGUGCGUCUAUACAGCUGGUGUUGAUGGUAUGGUCUGCCAGAUUGAUAUUUCUACAGGAAAAGUUUUGGGCAGAUUUAGAUCGUCUACAAAGGCAAUAUCCUCGUUGUGUGUUUUUUCAGAUGGAAAGAUAUUGGCCACAGCUGCUGGUCAAUUGAAAACUUUCAAUUGUUCUAACCAAAAGAAGAUUCAGAAGUUUUCUGGGCAUCCGGUCAGCGUAAGGUGCAUGAUUUUCAGCGAGGACGCACAGUAUAUUUUAUCAUCUGGAGUCGGUGAGAAAUACAUCGCCAUUUGGAAAGUCGGUGCUGUUAAAAGUGAGGGUGCGACCUGUAUUCUCUCAAUGGACCAUCCACCUAUCUUUCUGGAUAGCAAGUGCAUGGAUACAGAGGGCAGUGAUGGUGCAGGAAUAUAUGUUUUGGCCAUUUCAGAGAUGGGCAUAUGCUAUUUCUGGUAUGGAAGUAGCAUUGAUGACUUGAGGAAUAAGAAGCCUACAAAGAUUAUGUUAUCCGAGUCUUCUCUCACAAAAGGAAAUCAUGGAUUUGCAAUUCUUGCUGCAAAAAUUCAAGAAACAGGCAAACCUGCUUCUGGGCAAGUGCUUGUGGCCUGUGGCUCUGUUGUGAAGCCAUCUUUUCAGAAACUGUUGGUCCAGUAUGGCACGGACAUAAAGUUGGAGGUGUCUCAAGUUGGGGCUCUCUUACCAGUGAGUCACUCUGCCAUUCCUCACAAAGGCCAAGCCAUGCAAAAUCAAGUCACUGCACUAGACCGUGCAAAUGCAGAAGAUGCUAUAUUGCCUCUUCCAAAGUUGUACACCUACGACAAGAAAAGGAAACAUCGUCGUGUGACAGAACUAACUGCAGAUACUGAGAUUACGAUGGCUGAUCACAGUUAUGAUAAAUCCUUGCCUGUAGAUAAGAGUGCGACAGUGCAAAGAAUGGAAGAAGACACAGUUUGCAUUGAAGAUAGGAUGAGGGAGUUGGGGCUUCUUAGUACCAGUUCUUAUCUAGAGAAGUACCAUGAUAGCACCACAUCACUAGAUGACGACACCCCAGCAAAGAAGAUAAGGGCACAUCUCUUGUCUAUGAGUCACGAUGAUGCUUAUAAGUUUUUGGAAACCUUGGUGUCAGCAUGGAAAACAAGGUCAAAUUCGGCAAAGCAAAUUCUACCUUGGAUAUAUUGGUUACUAGCCAUCCAUGGUCGUUUUAUCUCGUCGCAAGAGUUAUCUUCACAAAUAUUAGAUAGUUUGCGGAAGAUGAUUUCAGUAAACUGUGCAGCUACCGAAGAAUUACGCAAGCUAUCUGGCCGUCUUCAGCUAAUUACGGCCCAGAUCGAUAAGGCCGGUAGUAAUGCUAUCAUACCGCCAUUGGGUGAUAUUAAGCCUGAAGAAGGUGAAGAUGAAGAGGAUGGUGAAGAGGAUGAGGAAAUCGAUGAAAUCGUUUACCGGGAAGAAGAUGAUGCAUCCGAAAGUUGUAGCGAUGAUGCUGAAGAGCUUAUGCAGUCAUAGAUAGUAUUUUUGACAGUUUUAUCUGUUCGUGUUCUUUACAUUAAUUAUUUUUCUGCGAAAUUGAUGUAAAAUUAGUCGAUUGAGGUUUUAAGGGCAUUUUAAACCAUCUUUGUAUGCUUUGUAUCACGAAUAUUUCUACCCUUUUUGUGACAUUUUUGUGUUAUUUACUAUUUUAAUGGAGAGGUAAAAUUAUUCUGUA